AUAUCUUGAUGAAAUGUGUACGUGAAUUGUUAGUUACUAUCGAGUGAGCAUCGGAGUGAUCAUGUACGACUUGAAGGACAAAGUAGCUGUUGUGACGGGGGCAUCCAAUGGCAUCGGGGCUAGUUUUGUUAGAGAAAUUCUUGAGGAAGGUGUUAAGCACGUGAGAUUACUAGAUAUAGACAAGAAGACAGGUAACGCGCUACAAGACGAAUUACGACAAAAAUAUGGAAAGGAUAAAGUAAAAUUUGUCAAAUGUGACGUCACGGACGAUGGGCAGUUCUUCAAAGCUUUAGAAGAUGCUAAAAAGGAUAAUGGUUACCUAGACCUUUUAGUCAAUAACGCUGGAGUGGCUGAACAAGACAGUUUUGCGAGGAUACGGAAACUGAUUGAAAUUAAUGUUACAGCCUUAAUAAAUGGGACUCUCAAAGCUAUUGAGAUGAUGCGUACAGAUAAAGGAGGAAGAGGAGGUGCUGUUAUCAAUGUGUGCUCAGUCGGUUCACUGAUACCGGUCUCGCCUAUGUUUCUUUACUCAACAUCAAAACGCGCUGCAAUGCACUUCACAACUUGUGUUGGACGGGUUCCCUGUGAGAAUACUGAUGUGCGAGUCAUGGCUGCAUGCAUUGGUGUCACAGACACAGCUAUGCUAGAGAAACUUACAUGCUACACCAAGGACCUGUAUGAGAAAGCACAAAAAGUAUUGGCAAGUCAUCCAAUGCAGAGUUCUGCAGCAGCAGCCCGGUGUAUGGUUGAAAUGUAUCAAAAGGGCGGACCAGCUUCUAUUUGGUUGAUACGAGGAGGUCUACCGGCCCAGGACGUCACUGCACAGCUAGAUAAGGCAGAUGAGGAAAUGGAAGCGAUCAUUAGAAAAAUAGACUAUCAGAGAAUGUUUGAAGUGAGGGAUAAAGUAUUUUUCAUCACCGGUGCUGCUGCGGGCAUUGGCGCCGCGAUUGUAAAGGCAUUUUUGGAAGAAGGAGCAAAACAUGUAGCAGCCCUAGACGUCGAUGUUAAGAAUGGCACGGCUUUAGAAGAGGAACUAGCAGAAAAGUAUGGGAACGACAAAAUCAAGUUUUAUAAAUGUGACGUCACAUCGAAUGACUUAGAUGCAGUCUAUGAUAGAGUACUUAAUGACGUCGAGUAUAUUGAUGUUGUCAUUAACUGUGCUGGCAUUAUGAAUGACAGACCUAAUGCGUAUUUGAAAGAGAUUGAUGUGAAUGUGACUGCCCUAAUAAAAAGUUCUUUCAAAGCAUUCGACUUAAUGCGUGAAGACCAGGGUGGCAAAGGUGGCACGAUCAUAAAUAUUUCUUCGAUAGUGGGAUUGUUCCAAGCACAUCUUCUCCCAGUGUAUACUGCUACGAAGAGUGCAGUGCUGCAGUUCAGCAAUUGUCUUGGAAAAGAGCCACAUUGCACACGAUCCGGAGUACGAGUACUCACAAUAUGUUUUGGAUGCACUGACACCAGUUUAUUCAGUGCUUCAAAAAUGGGAGGUUUUGACAAAGAAACUGAUGAACUACUUGCCAAGAGUUUAGGAGUUUUACCGAUGCAAACGAUACAAUCAGCAGUGGACGGGCUGGUCCAUGCUUACAAACAUGGAGCGAGCGCCAGCACCUGGCUGAUCACAUCAGACAGGCCUGCUGAGGAUAUCACCGACAACGUUUCCAAAGGAUACGAGAUUAUGAGCCAAGGAGUCUUUAGUUAAAUCCCUAACUAUACUUGAAAUAAUGGCUAUUCCUUAAUCUAUAUACGUAUAUAAGGUUAUUAUAGAUAUAAGAAUAAUUAUUGUGAUUUAAAUAUUAUUUUGUAGGGUAGUCUCUACUUUAUUAUUAUGAAAAUGGAAUGUAUACUUUCGCCCUUUUUAAGUCCAAUAAAUAUUUACAGACUUUAAACUGA